AUUGUGACAGCAGUGAAGUUUUUACAGAAUCCACGAGUCCGCCAAAGUCCUCUUGCAACCAGAAGAGCAUUUCUGAAGAAGAAAGGCCUGACAGAUGAAGAAAUUGACCUGGCUUUCCAGCAGUCGGGCACAAGCACGGAUGAGCCACAGUCCCCAGGUCCUUCGACACAGCUGGUGCCAACUCAGCCCUCUCACCCUGUGGUGUAUAGUCCACCUGGCUCCAGAUGGCGAGAUUAUGGGGCUUUGGCUAUCAUAAUGGCAGGAAUUGCGUUUGGAUUCCACCAGCUCUACAAGAAAUACCUGCUUCCUCUCAUCAUGGGAGGCAAAGAAGACAGGAAACAACUUCAGAGGAUUGAGUCAAACAUUUCUGAGAUGAGUGGCAGUGUGACACAGACAGUGACUCAGUUACAGACAACUUUAGCAGCUGUCCAGGAACUGCUAAUCCAGCAACAACAGAAAAUCCAGGAGCUGACCCAAGAACUGGCUGCUUCUAAGGCCACAACUUCCACCAACUGGAUUCUGGAGUCGCAGAAUAUUAAUGAAUUGAAAUCUGAGAUCUACUCGUUAAAAGGACUUCUCCUGAACCGGAGGCAGUUCCCUCCCUCCCCUUCGGCUCCUAAGAUCCCGUCAUGGCAGAUCCCAGUGAAGCCAAGCUCACCCUCCAACCCUGUUGUUGCCAACCAUAAUAGCAGCAGUGACAUCUCACCUGUCAGCAACGAGUCUACCACCUCGUCACCAGUCAAGGAGAACCACAGCCCUGAGGGUUCGAAGGUCAGCUGCCAUCUGCUGAGCACAGAGGAGGGCAAAAAGGCAGUGAUUGACGUCAAGAGCCAAGUGCGGAUGGAGGUGCAGGGUGAGGAGGAGAAAAGGGAAAACAAAAGGAAUGAAGAGGAGGAAGAGGACGAUGAGGAUGAUGAUGUUAGCCAUGUGGAUGAGGAAGAAUGUCUGGGUGUCCAGACUGAGGACCGGCGAGGAGGGGAUGGUCAGAUUAAUGAGCAAGUGGAAAAGCUACGAAGACCUGAAGGGGCUAGCAAUGAGAAUGAGAUUGACUAAGGCACCCUGGCUUCUGCUGCUGCUGCUGUACAUCUUCCCUAGCCUCCUGCACUGUCCCUGGUGCCUCUCCCAUUUUGUGGAGAGAAGUGCCACCAUCCCCUCCAGUGAUUCUCCCAUGAUUGACCUUGAGUAGGGUCAUGAUUGCCCAGUGAACAAGGUGGGCCCUGUUUCACCACAGGGCUUUGCAGUGUUGCAGUGGCUUCUUCGCCCCUCCCAGACCCACCUUCUCCCCAUGAGCUGGGGUCACUGCCUAGGCUGGAAGACCAAUCGCCUUACCAUGCACCACAGCUACAGAAUAAGUCCUCUUAAAAAAACACCAUCUCUCCUGAAACAGUCAGCCUCUUCGCUGCAUCCUGGAAUCCUUCUAUCCAAUUUCAGAAACCAAUCUGUCCUGAGCUCUUUGAUUUCACAAGCCUUUAAUCCCCACAUAAGGCCCAAAUCAGUUCUCUGUUUCCCAAAAUAACCCUCUGUUU